AAUGACACGGCGCUCGUUCUUUGUGAGGAUCGGGACACAACGCAGUUUUGACCAUGCGCAUUGGCUUUGGCAAUUCUCCUGCUCUGCUGACCACAAUGCGGUGAACGUCAGCAGGUCAUCUCACCUUCGUUUUGGCCGUUUCAAGGGCGACUGGCUUUGCUCUCGCCCCUAUGGCUACGUACUCCCGGGGCCAGAUUGCUGCCUAUAAAGCCCCGCUGCUC